AUGUUCCCUGCCCCACCCCCACUACAAUGACGAGCUUUUUCAGCAACACUGUAGGUAGAAAUCUCAAUCUCAAAACCAUCAAAGUCAUGGGUAACGUAUGCGAUUCUUGAAAAAUUCCUCGCCAAUACAAAAAAUCAGACGAGAUUCACACCUUACUCUUAGCAUCUGAAUCAUAAUCCUCAGCGCCGCCCAAGCAGACCGGCAAUAUUAUGUCCGCUCCUGCCAUUGACCCCGCAGGCGGCGAUGGACCUGCCAUCUCUCCCAUCGACACAACAAACUCAGACACACCAACGACCACACAGCUCCCAAGUCUACUCUCGCAAAUACCGCUAGAGCACAUCCCGAGCACGCACACAGUUCACGCAGCGCUUUUCCGCGAUGUCUCCAACGCUGCCCACCUGCACUCACAGCUUCUAGCCCGGAACCCGGCUUUCGAGUACGCGCUCAUCGACGCGUCGGCCGUUGCCAGUACCGCACAGGUACUUGCGGCUGUGUUCAGGGCCUUGACGGCGCUUCUUGGGGGUGGGCUGCGCACACCAAACGUGCACUCUGAGACGGUGUUCUGUCUUAGCCCCUCAAACAAUAUCACGGAAGCCUACAGGAGAUUUGGUAUCUCGCCUUCUACCAAGGACGUCAUUGUCAUCAAGGUCCUCUUUCCGGCGGAGGACGCAGAAAAUGCCGCGCCCUCGCCGGCAGAUGUUUGGGCGCACCUGUGUGCCAACGUUCAAGGCACUGCGCUGCCGUUCACAGACGAAAGCAUCAGCCCUCUGAUAGAUUGGGCCAAGGUCCGCAAGUACUACAAACUCAAUGCUGCUCCUGCACUAGCUGGCCUCAAGAAUGAAGACAUUAAGAGGAAGGAGUCUGAAAUGUUGAUCCUAGGAGCCAUGGCUCUGCGAGGAGUCUGAACAGCUCAAGAGAAUGCUUCUCUGUGGAUUCCACCAUGCAAUGGUCAUCUAUACAGCAUGGACAUUCGUCUCUGACUCACAGUUGACUGUUUUGGCCAGAGUCUCUGGGAAUUCUGAGAGCGAAUCGCCGGCGUUUCCACGGCGCGCUCUCUUGUCUCCCGCAGCCCGCAACUACAAAGCUGCGUCAUUAUGGUAGCUCAAAGUCCAGGACGACCACUUCCUUCUUGUCAUCUCGAACACGCCUCGUAAACACUGAUAACACUCCGUCGCCUUCGUUCAGCCUUCGAAUGUCGACUAGGGGCUCUCCUGAUAGACCAUCGCCCUGCCAUAUGCGCUGGUACUCUGCAUAGCCGUUGGUCUUCAAUGCCCUCAGGAUCGUUAAACCCAGAACGUUCGAGUCCGGGAGGAUAAUAAAGAGAUCACCAGACUGGCUGACUGCAAGCCUUCCGCGUCUGCCAUCUGCAGUUAUCCCGAUGGAGCUUUGUUGCCAUUGUCCUGAAAGUGUAAAUUGGUCGGUCAACGACGUCACGGUCGGGGCCAAGGGGAGCAUUAUACCUUUCUCAUGUUCUCUGUAGAAAUGGCGCCAUUCUGCCUUGCUGGAACCAGGCGAGCAUGUCCUGUUCAAAACGUGGACGCCCCCAUCUGGAUCGACCACCUGGCUCUCCUGGUUCGUCAAGCCCGAUCCUUUGGGAAUCUCAAAAACCACCAACCCAACCGCAUCCGGCCUGACCCCGGCCGCCUUGUCACUUCCCAAAUCCGCCACGGUCUGGUCGUGCGUGUUGCGCCAGGUUCGCCCACAGUCAUCACUGUACGCAUAGCAGAGGUUGUGAUUAUUUUCGGCCCCGUUGGGUCCCGCCUGCUGCUUAUGCUUGGUAUCGAGCGGGUCAUCCCAGCCUUCAUAGUGGACGAAGCCGCGGUAGACCCACGUGACGUGCAGGCGGCCACUCUGGGCAUCGACAUCCAUGCCGUGCACGUAAGGGUUGCUCUGCACGCCCACGAGGUGUGUGCCCACAAGCUCGAAGCGCGCCACCGCUGCGCGGUAGACGUAUAGAUGGUCAUCACCGAGCCCGGCCUUGCCGGUGCGGAACGACAUUAACAUGUCUUGACCGCGGCCUGAGUUAAUGAAGCGCGGAUACGUGACGUAGCCGAAGUGCUCAUGGGUGUUGGGCAGACCGGGUAGGUGGUCCAGAGUUGGGGUGAAUAGCUCUGCGUUCCAGGUGAACCGUUCUGGGUUGAUGGCCAGACCUUGGACCGAUUGGCGGUAUCUCAGGCUUGAAGUCACGAAAAUGCAUGUCGGGGUGAAAGGGGUCAGCCCUUUCACCUUCUGCCUCACCAACGUACGCUGAAGAACAACCUUGGUGGCCAGCUGCAACAGAUCAAUAAAACAAUACACAAUGAAAAUCAAACUCACACAUCGCAGUGGUGGUCAUAUGAAAGGUGAAUAGUGCCGUCCCCGACACAAAUGCCCAUCUGCACCGUAUUGUGUCCAUCAUCAACCGUCUGUGAGUAGUCCUGAAGAACCAAAACCUCCCAUGCGCUGGCCGGGAGCUUUCGGCGAGCCACGUGCACAAAGACCGGCUCUUCGGACCCGGGCAGGGGACUGUAAAAGACGGCAUAUUGCCAGCCGGCGAGGGAGACCACGGCAUCCUGUUGAAAAGCGGCGCCGUUGAGCAGACAUUUGCGCCGGGGCGGGUCUCGGCCGAGAACAGUGACCACGGGGUCUGCCAGGGUAGUGGUUUCUGGGGAUGACAUCUGUCCCUGUUUCAGUAUAAACGUUUAACUCUUUGAGGAAAGGCUGAAGACAGGACGACGCUAGGCUGUAUAGUUAGCCUUGGCGUGCGUUUUGCUUUUCGUUUUCGGGUCGGUUGGAUUGUUCUACGUGCUUCGGUUAGGCGUAAACGGUUGUACAAAACUCGUGGUAUACGAGCGAAGGGGCUAGUUGCCGCUUUAGUUGGAUUUGAAAGAAGCCAAUCAUGAAUAACAGAAGGGAUUUUCGUUGCAGCUUUUUACCUUUGAGCGGCACACGCGUACAUGCAGCGAAGUAGCUCCGCCAGACGAUAACCGUGACCCAAGCGUCAAAAGCGUUUAUCACAAAUUGAACUUCUUCGUUACCCCAAGAAUUAUAGCUUGGCAGGCGCCUUCUGAUUCGCGGAGCGGGGAUGCAAAAUUUCCGUCUAUCAGAGCAAGGGCUUUCGAUGUGGAGGAAAGGAGGGAAAUCCCCGUCAGAAUCUGGGGGGUUUUUCGAACCAAGACGGC